CGUUAAUUAUGUGAACAUAUUUCUAGUAAUUAAUUGUUUUAUCUUGUUUAUUUGAAAUGCGACCUAAUCAAUUCCAUGUUUACUUGCCUGCUUGAGAGUUAUAUUUAUGAAUGAUAUUUAAUUUGGAUAAAGCGCGGUGAUAACCAGCCAAUAGGAGAUUGCCUGAUGUCAUAAUUGGCAGCUAUUGCUUUGAUAUUUUCAUGGGCUUAACGUGUCCUUAUAUUGUUAUUACAUAUUGUUUGUUAUUUUAUUUGUUUCAACUGGAUAAUAUUUAAUUUAAAUCAAUCCAAUGAGUUGUCUUGACGGUCCAUUGGAACCUUUUAUCACCGAUGAUUGUAUGAUUGACAAGUAUAUUGAAUCAAUUGUUGGUCAGACCAGUGAUUUACCCGAGUUCGACCCCUUGUUAUGGUUUGAAGAGGGUGGUCUUGGCUCUAAUCUAGUUGGAGAUGAUCUAUGGCCAGAAAGUGGGUCCAAUGAUAACAGUAAUUUAUCUGAUUUAAACCAGCUUUCAACAACCGACUUGCAAGAAUCAACAUCACCAAGCCCUAGUAAAAUCAGUAUUUCUGAAAGCCUGUCAACUAGUCCAGAAGAAGAUGGCAUCAAUGAGGAAGUUAUCGAAGAAUUCGUUGAUGAUGAAUUAUUACUAACAAAUGGCCUACUGAGUCCUGAAUCUGAUAUUGAGUCAAGAACCCAAGUCAAUUACUCCCACCUAAAUCAAUCAACCGCAGCUCGUACAUUUGAAAUUCACAACUAUUGUUGCAUUAAGGAAGAUGAUACCGAUGAGAUAGCUUCAAUUGAAUCAAGUCCGAAAGCCAAGAAAUCCAAUAAAGGUGUUAAAAGAAGAAUUACUGAUUUUCGUCUAACCGAUGAGGAAAGAAAAUUGCUAACCAAAGAAGGUUACAAUAACUUUCCCAGUGAGAAGAAAGAAUUAACCCACCAGGAAGAAAAGAUACUGAGGAAAAUAAGACGUAAAAUAAGGAAUAAGAGAUCAGCUCAGUUUUCAAGACUCCGAAAAAAGCAAUAUGUUGAAGAAUUAGAAAAGAAGUACGAAGAUUGUACCAAUGAAAAUAAACACCUUAAAAAGGAAGUUGAAGAUCUUCGUCGACAAAAUCAAUCCCUAAUGGUGAAAAUGCGUAAAAUCUUAAAAGAUCACACUGGGCCCGGACAAGCAUCGUUUAAGACGUCUCUUUUUGUUAUACUGCUUUCAUUCCUUUUAAUUUUGAUGCCUACUUUUAGGCCUGACUCUUUGGAUGACAGCUUAACUGGAUCCAAACAACAGCAACAAAUAAUGAGAACCGGACGUCAUUUACUGAUGACUCUUGGUGGACAUGAUCUACCCUCCUAUAUCCUUAAUGAAUCUGAAAAUACCAUAAAUUUCACCAAUGCCUUGUCAAUAUAAAAUUAAAUUUUUAAAGGCAAAGCCAGAGCCCAUGUCACAGUCUUGAAUAACCUUUUCAUUUGAACAUGAUCAAGUGAAUCCAUUAAAUUCCCAUCUAUUUCAUAUUAAAGUAUCAAUGAUAUCCGAGAACCAUAAAA